AUGAAACUCAUUCCACUUACCGUCACCCUCUCGCCCAACCUCGCCCUCGCAGGCCUCCGCUCGCCAUGCGUCAAAUCCCCUACCCCUGCCUCCCUGUCACGUCCUCGACGCACAGAGACAGUUGUCAACUUGGCCCGUGCACUCACCAUCGUCUUUGCUGUCGGUGGCAUCACCAUGUUUAUCUUUUGGGCCACCCUUCCCUCACCCGCUUCCAAGAACUCUGUUCAGCCCGGCCGCUCUUUUGCAGCCACUGGCAUCCCCACAUUCCAAUCUGGACAUCACAACCGCUUCGAACCUCCACCUCAAAUCGCCGCCCCUGUCCAAAUCACUGAGACCUCUCCUGAUCAACAAACAACCGAUUUGGCAGAGGACGAGCUUACCCCAGAUACCACCGGCUCACUCUUGAUCGCCAACGACGUUACACUCCUCGACAACCCCGAAUGCAACCUCGCCUGCCAGGAUCAGAACUUGAUCGAUGCUCUCUCCAGGAUCGCCAUCUCCAAGAAACGCUACUCGACUCGACCACGGGAUGUCGAAAAUUCGGUUCUGACAGAGGAUGAUGGCUCAAUCGAUGUGGAGGAUUCCAAGGUCCGCGAACGCACUGUCAAAAUCUUGAAGCGCUCCAACAUCUACCCUGAGCGUGGUGACAUCGACUCGGCUUUGAUGGGUAGCAAGAAGGUCCAGAGCAAGGGAUCAAACAAGAAGUCUUCUUCGUCGCACAAGGAAAAGAGUCUUAAAGAGCGCGCGAUAGAUUUUUUGAAGAGGUCCAACAUCUAUCCUGAACGUGGCGAGGGUGAGUCGACCUUGGUUCAUCACGACAAGAAGACCAGUAAAACCAACGGCAAGAAGACGUCUCAACAUAAGAAUGCCCUAGAGGAACGGUCCAACAUCUACCCUGAGCGUGGUGAUGGCGAGUCGACCUUGGUUCAUCACGACAAGAAGACCAGCAAAACCAACGACAAGGAGACGUCUCAGCAUAAGUACGCCCUGGAGGAACGGUCUAACAUCUACCCUGAGCGCGGUGAUGGCGAGUCGACCUUGGUUCAUCACGACAAGAAAACCAGCAAACCCAACGACAAGGAGACGUCUCAGCAUAAGUACGCCCUGGAGGAACGGUCCAACAUCUACCCUGAGCGUGGUGAUGGCGAGUCGACCUUGGUUCAUCACGACAAGAAAACCAGCAAACCCAACGACAAGGAGACGUCUCAACAUAAGCACGCCUUUGAGGAACGGUCUAACAUCUACCCUGAGCGUGGUGAUGGCGAGUCGACCUUGGUUCAUCAUGACAAGAAGACCAGCAAGGCCAACGGCAAGAAUACGUCUCAGCAUAAGUACGCCCUGGAGGAACGGUCCAACAUCUACCCUGAGCGCGGUGAUGGCGAAAUGAUGUCAGCUCAUCACGGCAAAAAGACCAGCAAGGCCGGCAACAAAAAGAGCUCGGACCACAAGCACUCUCUCCAUGAGCGAUCCAACAUCUAUCCCGAGCGUGGCGAGGAGGAACUGGACUCGAUCGUGAUCUCGUCUGCCUCUGUAUCCAAGACCAAGAAGUCCACUGCUCACUACGGAGGCAAGCAUGCUAUGCUCCAUAAGGAUCAGGGAGUCACCCACCUCGAGCGAUCCAACAUCUACCCGGAGCGCGGUGACGAGAACGUGGAAGGACUCGAGAACAAGAAGGCCAAGAAGAACGACACCAACCACAAGCACAGCAACGACAAGAAGCACAACAACGGCAAGAAGCACAACAACGACAAGAAGCAUAACAACGACAAGAAGAACAAGAUCUCCAAGGAGAGCGUUACGGACAAGAAGGACAGGCACAACGACUUCGAACCUCAGACUCGUAUCCCCCUUAAGUCCAUUGGUCAAGUCAGUGGCUACUACGGUCAGGUCCAGAUCGGCAACCCUAAGCAGACCUUUGAUGUUGUCUUUGACACCGGCUCGAGUGAUCUCUGGAUCCCUUCCUCCAGGUGCAUCGAGGACGGUUGCAUCUCUCACCAGCGUUUCGACGGUGUGCACUCUGAGACCUACAAGAACACCGAGAUGCCCUUUGAGAUCGAGUACGGAACCGGUGAAGUCGCCGGUGUGGUCUCAGAGGACAUCAUCACCCUUGGCGAGCUCUCCAGCAAGAAGCCUAUCCGUUUUGCCGAGAGUCUGACCUCGAGUUCCCUCUUUGGUCGUGCGGUUUUUGAUGGCGUCUUUGGCCUGGCCUAUCAGGAGAUGAGCAGCUCUGGUGACUUACCCCCCUUUCUGGCGAUGAUGGAUCAAAAGACAGUCAAGCACGGCAUGUUUGGUUUCUUCAUGGGCAAGGGUUUUGGCGAGCUCUCGAUCGGCGGCUACGACAGCGAAAAGAUCCAAGACGGCGAUGACAUCCUGUGGUCCAAUGUUGUGAAGAAGGGUUAUUGGGAGAUCAAAAUGGACAAGGUCAAGACCGGCAAGACCGAUUUCCUCAAUACCCCCGUCCACGCCCUUAUCGACACUGGUACCACCCAGAUCAUCAUGCCCGUCGACCUUGCCCGCCACUUGCAUGCUCAGCUCUUGCCCGGAGCUCGCCACAUCCACGAUGGUAUCUACUCGCUCCCCUGCAACGGCAAGAACAUGCCCACUUUCCGUGUUCAAGUGGGAGGCAAGAUGUUUGAGGUCCCCCCUUCGCUCUACACCCUGCAAGAGAUUGCUCCCGGUCGAUGCAUGAGUGGCUUUGCUGGCGAGGAGGUCGAUGGCACUACCUGGAUCCUUGGCGACGUCUUCUUGAGAAGCGUCUAUUCGAUCUUUGACUUUGACAACAACCGUGUUGGCUUUGGAACCCUUGCUUAA